AUGCUUGAAUUGAAUUUGAAGCCUGUCAUCGUUGCCCUAAACAACGGCGAUUGCACCAUUGAGCGGCUCGCCCAUGGAAAGGCCGCGUUCUACGGCGACGUCGCCAUCUUGGAUAACCUUUCGAGUCCAGGUAUUAUGGCCCGAUUCAGACGCGCGGUGAUCUAA